AUGAGGCACGUGCACGCCGGCUUCCGGGCUUUCUGGGCUCCUCGCUCUUCGCCCGACCCGGCGGCUGCGGAGAGCCCGCUCGCGCAGUCGUCGCGUGCGUUCUCUUGUCUGCCUGCGUCGUUCGCCUUUCGCGCCUUCUCGUCUCUCUCUUCUUCUCCUCGAUCGCGUACCGCGUCGACUCGCCCUGCGGCCUCCAGCUUCUCUGCCUGCUCUCCGUCCUGCACUUCUCUGUCUCCUGUCUCCCCCUCUUCGUCUUCUAGCCUUCAGGUCUCGACUCGGUCGCUGCCGCAGGCCCUGCAGCCGGCCGCUUCGUUCUCAGCCCCGCUGUCUCUGUCGCCUGCUUCGUCCCCUGUCUCCUCCGGUCGCUGCUCGGCUGGCGCGGCGCCGUGGCUGACGGCACGCCCGCGCCUUUUCUCUUCGUCAUACCUGCCGCGCGCGGCGACGCACCGCAACCGCCUGGCGAUGCAGCUCUUUGCGACGCCGCGCGAGUCGACACAGGCGCAGGCCGCGAAGGCCGCGCGCGCGGCGGCACUGGCGGUCGCGAACGCCUCGGCGCACGUCUCGGCGCCCUUUACGCUGCAGAAGCAGCAGCGUCUGCUCACGUUGCUGGGGAGUGCGUCGUCGAGCGAGUCGUCGGCGGUCUACCGCGUGCACGGCGUGGAGGGCUUCACUGGCUUUCGGCCGUCGUCUCCGCCGCAUGCGUCGCCGCUUUUUCGGGGGCGUGUGCUUGCGCGGCUCUCCUGCCGGCGAGUGAAUCACCUGGGGCGCAACCACAGCGGGCGCCUGACGGUCCGCUUCACAGGCGCCGGUCACUUUCGCCGCGUGCGCUUCGUGGACUACAAGCGCGGCCGAAAGGACAUCUUCGCGACAGUCAUGCGACUCGAGUAUGAUCCCUCGCGCUCUGCGCAUCUCGCGCUGCUGCAGUACGACGACGGCGUGCUGUCCUACGUCUUGGCGACGGAGACGACGCGGGCGGGCGACCGCAUCGUCGCCUCUGAGCACGCGGCGAUCGCGCCGGGAAACUGCCUGCCUCUGAAGAAGAUCCCCGUCUCAACAAUCGUGCACAACGUCGAGCUCCGCCCUGGCGCCGGCGGGCAGCUCGUGCGCGCCGGCGGUUGCUUCGCGACGGUCGUGGCGAAGGACAAGCAGUUCGUCACGCUCAAGCUGACCUCGACGGAGGUCCGCCGCUUUCACGGGGACUGCUGGGCGACUGUUGGGCAAGUCGCGAACGCGGCGCACGCCGAACGCAUCCGCGGCAAGGCUGGCGUCUCCUACUGGAUGGGCGAGCGGCCGCGGACGCGCGGCAAGGCGAUGAACCCUGUGGAUCACCCUCACGGAGGCGGCACCGGCAAGAAGGGCCUCAAGCGCCCGCCCGUCACCAAGUGGGGCAUACACUGCAAGGGCUACAAGACCCGCGCGAAGAAGAAGCCCCUCGGACUCAUCGUCCGCAGGAAAAAGGCCAACAAACUCAUCAAGAAAUUCGGCGAACUUGGCGCGUAA